GAACAAAAAACUGAUCAAAACAUCUUCACGUUAAUCGGCGAGCGUUCAUCCUCUUCAAAACCCUUCUCCUUCAAUCCUAUCUGUCUCUCCAGCUUUGAAUUCAUGGCGCAUAGCGGCUUACUCGGAGGCGGAAUACGGUGGAAAACAAGGAAGAAAAUGCGAGAGAAUGUCUCCGAUGAACGAGGCCAACAAAAUGGAACCCUAAAUGUUCUUCUCCAAGACCCUUUCGAGGUUUUGGGUUCUGAUCUAUUAAUGGCGAUUCUUGGCUACGUUGAUUCACGCAGCGUGGCACUUUCUCUUCUUGUCUCUCGAUCCUGGUAUGGAAUUGCUUCCAGCGAUUCCCUAUGGAGUUCUAAGUGUGUGGAACUGUGGCUUGGGAAAGCACAUAUCCCUAGAUUGGCGCAAACCCGAGGUCUUCCAAAGAUGGCUGCCUACUCGUUAUCUGUCAUGGAUGGCAAUCGGACUCGCAUUAUGAGGGAGGAUUUAUGUGACCACGCUUGGCAAUUUCACUUCAAUAAGGAAGCUCCUGUAUACUGGCGAGAUCUUGAUCCGUAUUGGCAAGGCAGCCACCUUCUCAUGUGUCGUUACUUCCAUCUCGAUGGGAACCAAACUGCAGAUCCUGAUGACAGAGUAUGGGGUGGCCAUGAAUGCUGCUUUUCCACAGUAACCACCAUUAUUGGUGAUGGGAAGAUCAGAGAACACUAUGUGAGGAUUAACAGAUGGCCAAGGAUGUUGGUGUCGAGGAAUGAAGAUUGGAGCUGGGAGAUGUCGAAUCACUUCACCUCGUACUCGAGCAUAGCUGAUGCUGAGAAGGAUGGUGGGACAGGGCCACUUUGAUGUAUAACAUAUGUGAUUAGUUCCCUGCUUGAAUUUUGUCUUCUGGUAAGACAUUAGCCUGGCGAAUGCUUGUUUGCUCUUUCUUGUAGAGGCUGCUGUUUUGCUGUGUACAGAAGUUUGGGAGUCAUAGGAUUUUGUGUGUUUGUAGAUAAUGCUUGCAAGUAGUAGGGUUUGUAAUUAAUAAGUUUUCAUAUUUUAGGAGUGAUUUUCAUUUCGGACCGUUUUUUUACUUCUAAUGAUUUGAACUUCCGACCUUAAAAGGAGGGAGAACAUG